CGGAGCGGCGGCGGCAUGGCGGGCGGGCGGGCCGGGCCGGGGGCGCUGCUGGCCCUGCUGGCGCUGCGGGCGCUCGGGGCGGCGGCGCACCCGCAGUGCCUGGACUUCAGGCCGCCCUUCCGGCCGCCGCAGCCGCUGCGCUUCUGCGCGCAGUACUCGGCCUUCGGCUGCUGCACCCCCGAGCAGGACGCGGCGCUGGCCGGCCGCUUCGGAGCCCUGGCGGCGCGCGUGGACGCCGCCGAGUGGGCCGCGUGCGCCGGCUACGCGCUCGACCUUUUGUGCCAGGAAUGCUCGCCGUACGCGGCCCACCUCUACGAUGCCGAGGACCCGUCCACGCCCCUGCGCACUGUGCCCGGGCUCUGCGAGGACUACUGUCUGGACAUGUGGCAGACGUGUCGGGGCCUGUUCCGCCACCUGUCGCCUGACCGAGAGCUCUGGGCCUUGGAGGGCAACCGGGCCAAGUUCUGCCGCUACCUGUCGCUGGACGACGUGGACUACUGCUUCCCCUACCUGCUGGUCAACGAGAACCUCAACUCCAACCUGGGCCGCGUGGUGGCCGACGCCAAGGGCUGCCUGCAGCUGUGCCUGGAGGAAGUGGCCAAUGGGCUGCGCAACCCCGUGGCCAUGGUGCACGCACAGGACGGCACCCACCGCUUCUUCGUGGCCGAGCAGGUGGGGCUGGUGUGGGCCUACCUGCCCAACCGCUCGCGGCUGGAGAAGCCCUUCCUGAACAUCAGCCGGGCGGUGCUCACCUCGCCCUGGGAGGGCGACGAGCGGGGCUUCCUGGGCAUAGCCCUCCACCCCAGCUUCCGGCACAACGGCAAGCUCUACGUCUACUACUCCGUGGGGUUCGGCUUCGACGAAUGGAUCCGCAUCAGCGAGUUCCGGGUGUCCGCGGACGACGUGAACACCGUGGACCACGGCUCGGAGAGGAUAAUCCUGGAGAUCGAAGAACCAGCCUCGAACCACAAUGGGGGCCAGCUGCUGUUCGGGGAUGAUGGGUACCUCUACAUCUUUACUGGUGAUGGCGGGAUGGCCGGAGACCCCUUUGGGAAGUUCGGAAAUGCUCAAAACAAGUCGGCGCUGCUGGGCAAGGUGCUGCGCAUCGACGUGGACCGCAACGAGCGCGGCCCCCUCUACCGCAUUCCGCGGGACAACCCGUUCGUGGACGACCCCUCCGCGCGGCCCGAGGUCUACGCCCUGGGCGUGCGCAACAUGUGGCGCUGCUCGUUCGACCGCGGCGACCCCGCAACCGGCGCGGGCCGCGGGCGCCUCUUCUGCGGAGACGUGGGCCAGAACAAGUUCGAGGAGGUGGACCUGGUGGAGCGCGGCGGCAACUACGGCUGGCGCGCCCGCGAAGGCUUCGAGUGCUACGACCGCAAGCUCUGCGCCAACGCCUCCCUCGAUGACAUCCUGCCCAUUUUCGCCUACCCGCACAAACUGGGCAAGUCUGUCACCGGAGGCUAUGUGUACCGGGGCUGCGAGUACCCCAACCUGAACGGCCUCUACAUUUUUGGCGAUUUUAUGAGUGGGCGUCUGAUGUCCCUUCGAGAGAACGUGGAGACAGGCCAGUGGCGGUACAGCGAGAUCUGCAUGGGUCGAGGCCAGACCUGUGUGUUCCCGGGCCUCAUUAACAACUACUACCCUCACAUCAUCUCCUUUGCUGAGGAUGAGGCGGGGGAGCUGUACUUCAUGUCGACAGGUGUGCCGAGUGCCGCAGCGGCCCGUGGGGUUGUCUACAAGGUGAUCGACCCUUCCAGACGGGCACCUCCCGGCAAGUGUCGGAUCCAGCCUGCCCAGGUGAAGGUGAAGAGCCGCCUCAUCCCGUUUGUGCCCAGAGAGAAGUUCAUCCAGAGGGCAGAGAGCACCCCACGGCCCACAGCGCGUGCACCCACCCAGCCGCCCCGCCAUGGACGCCCCACAGCUGCCCCGCCCCCGCCGACCCCCCGGCCCGCACGGCCCACCCCGCGGCCUGCACGGCCCACCCAGCGGCCUGGGGGCCGGAGGGGUGGCGGGGGGCGGCGGAGGCGACCAGGCACAGCGGACCCCGCGGCCUCAAAUGGCGCGGUGCGCCUGGUGCGGCCCGCGGGCCUGAGUUCCGGCCGCGGGCGUGUGGAGGUGUUUGCGGGUGGACGCUGGGGCACCGUGUGUGACGACGGCUGGGACAUCAAGGCGGCUGCCGUCGUGUGCCGCCAGCUGGGCUUUGCUCACGCCGAGCGGGCCACCAAGCGCGCGGAGUUUGGCCAAGGCCACGCGCUGCCCAUCCUGCUGGAUGACGUGCGCUGCGCCGGCACCGAGCGCAACCUGCUGGAGUGCACGCACGCCGGCCUGGGCACGCACAACUGCGAGCACCAGGAGGACGCGGGCGUCGUGUGCAGCCACGAGGACCCUGACCUGUAGGCGAGCACCAUGCAUCCGGUCGCAGCCUGGCAGGGCUUCCCCGCCCUGAGUGCCCACAGCACCGCACCACUCUGCAGACAGAGGCGUCCCGUCUGUAACGCUGUCCUGUGGACGCCUGUGAGGUGUGUGCAGUGCUCACGUGCUCUGUGUCCCUGCCUGUGUGUCUCCCGCAGACCAGAAGCCACAGCGUGUUGGGGUCUGUGUGGCCACGGGCCCCAGGUUUUCUUUUCUUACCUCCAAACAUCUCCGGUUCGUUUAGGAAUAUAGUCUGGCCAUGGACACUGAGUACUGAGGGCUACUACCUGUGAAGGGCAGACAUGGUCCUUGGCCAUAUUAACAGAGGCAUAUCUGGCAGACUGAAGGAGGGCAUCAGGCCUGACCUGCCCAGGGCUAGAAUGGAAGGCCCUGGACCAUCUGGAACAUGGCCUAAGGAAGGUGACUCAAAGAGCAUGGGCAGGUGGCCCAGCAGGUAGAGAGGUUCUGAGGAGAACAGGAAGGUAUCCAGUGGGGCAAAGGGAAGCUGUCAGCUAGAUGGGUCCAGGGUGAACUGUGGGCCAUGGCCAUCUGAGCAAGGAACAGGCUUGCCUGGGGAGGGGUGGCUGGGGGCGGGGGUUUCUGGAUGACCCCUGGGAGAAGCCUCUUGGUCAUCUUGGACUUCAUUGUCAUGCUGGUUCCACGGGCGUGCUCUGGGGACUCCGUGGGACAGCAGCCACCCACCUGGGCACUCCAAGCACCGUGGCCCCCAGUGAGUGAGUGGAGUAGCAGUUUUCUCUAAAAGCUAUGUUGAGGCCACUGAAGCCACCUUAGUUUAUCUCCAUCCCCACACUGUGCAGUGAAAUCCCAGGGGACCCUCUGAUUCCUCCAGCAUCUCCCACCCCACCCCACCCCCGCAAAUGUCCAAAAAGACUACUGAUGCUGUCACCCGAAGCUGUGCUAAAGACGUGACUGUUUACAACCCCCUUCCUGCCUCCUCUUUCUGACCUGUACUGGGGGCUGGAGAUGGGGGUGGAGGAGGGGGCUAGGCCUGGAGCUUCCCUCCUGCUCACGGGGGAUGUUCCUUUGCCCACCAAGGGCCUCCAUCCUGCCCCCAUGCAUCAAGUACAGUUGGGCUAAGCCUCUGAUAGGGGAGCAGAGGGGAUAAGCAGAUGGUCUCUGGGCGGUGGGGACAGGGUAUAGCCCAUGUCAGGGUCUGUGAGGUCUCUGGGGGUGUCAGCCCAGCCCAGCCCGUCCAUUAUUCUGAGAGCUGAGCCAGAACCCAGGGUGGUGCCCCCAGCAGAGACAAUGGUGCGGGCGAGUCUGGGGGGUCUCCUGGCUGCUCGCCAAAGCUGAGUGUGGAGUACAGGACUGCUGAAGAAAGCUCAGGGUCACCUCUCGGACCCCUCACACCUCUGCCUUGAGUGGGGUUGGUGAGGGCCCUGGGCCUUCACUGUUUGCCUGGCCCCAUGGAGCCCCGUGCAGAAACCAGAGCCAUGCCAUUGAGCAUGGCCUGUGUGCGGGGCACCGUUUUGAGGACAGUGUGGCAUGUUUGAACUCACUGGAGCCUUUGAGCAGCCCCUUCUCCCCCUCCUUUUACAGAUGGGGAAACUGAGGUGCACAGCCAGGGAAGGGGGAAGCCAGAUGAGAACCCACACGGCCACACGGCCUAGCUCUCGCACCUGAGGGACCCUGACCGUUCGUUGCACUGCCUGAACCUGGGUCUGCCAUGCCAGCUCUCAAGGGGGCUAGACCUAGGGGUUCCUCCGGGGCUUCUGCCCACUUUGGGCUGGGAAGCCGCUGGUGGAGACCCCUGCCUCCUCCCACUGCCCAGCAGUAGCUAAUAGGCAUCUUGCCCAGACACAAGGAAAUUCUGAACCAUGCUAGGAGCUGGGAGGGCCAAACUCCUCACUGCAUCCAUGGAGAAAGGAGCCCGGGGGGUGCUGAGUGUCCCAGGCCUGUCCCAGAUGGGGCUGAGCCAAGGUUAGAGCCCAGCGUAGAGGGGUGGCCCUCCAGAGCAGGGUAGUGCUGUGGCCAUAUCCAGUGGGGUGACCCAAGCUGUUGGCUCCCCAGACCCAGAAUGGUGGUGGUGGUGAGGGGGAUCGUACGGCAUCUUCCUGGGGCUCCUCCGUGCUCUUCCCUGCCCUUCCUCCGCCUGUCCAGGCCCCUCUUCAUUUCAGGGCCUGAAGGCCACGAUGCCAUUGGGUGUGGCCAGGGAAGUGGGACGGAAGUGACAGGAGGUAUCUCCCGCAGCUGCUCAACAGUGAUAGCCUGAAGUCACCAUCUGGGGCUCCUGGUACCUCCCCUCAAGUGGUGGAGUGCCCCAGCCCUCAGCGGGGCCCUGUGUGUCACCACUGUUUGGCAGGCAACUGGGAGCAGUCUCAGGCCCUCCACUCCUCUGGGUGGGGCGCUCCCCUGCUCCAGUCCCUACCUCCUGACCCCUCAGGCUCCAAACGAGGCUUAGGCUUCAGCCUGCCUCCUGACAAGGAGGUUGACACAGGCUCACUGUCCCUUAAAUAGCAACAAGGGCGGACCGCUGACGUUUGCUGCACUCUCACUACGUGCCGGGCACUGCUGCAAAAGUUGUACUCAGCACCCACUCACUUAAUCGUCAUAUGAACCCAUGCAAGCAGUGUUCUGCUCACCCUUCAUUGUGCAGAUGUGGAAACCGAGGCCCAGGGAAGCUUUGUUACUUGCUUAAUGUCAUAUAGUCAAUAUUUGACUAUAUGAAAAGUAGGCAGGAGGGUCCUGGAGCCCCAGCUUUGGACUGUCACCCUGCUGCCUGAAGAGCAUUGAAUUCAGUGUCCCCCCUUCCCAUUGGCCCCUGUCAUUGGGUAGAUGGGGACACAAACCCAGAGAGUGACAGAUCUGGCUUCAGACUCCUUGUCCAGUGCUCCUUUCACUCCACUGCCUACAGCUGCCAAGGGAGCAUUCCCAAGUGACUCAGUCCCCAGAGACUUUGAUCCAGCCUCGGAGUCCUUCAUUGUCUCUGGGGAUAGGGGCUGACCCUGGCGAAGUCUCCCUUUGGAUCCUUGGAUCAGCCUCGGCCAUCACCCCCCAUCAUCGGGCUUCCAGUCAGCAGUUAGAGUAACCUCUCAGAACCUGGCCCAGAGAGGGGCUGCUUCUACCCAGCAUCACACAGCUUAGUUCUUGAGCCCUUGGAGUCCAGUGUUGCGGGGAUGUCCAGGGGUGGCCGGCACCCAGGACGGCAUCUGGGGUGUCAGCCUCGGGUAGCAACACCCCAGGCUUCUGAGGGGCCUCGCUUGUUCCUUGUGUGCCUGUCUCCCCCUAGCAAGCCUGAGCUGGGCCAGGCCUUGGUGCUGUAUUCAGGGGAGAAGCAGCUUUGUACCAUUUGAGGGAGGGCAGCCCCUUUAGAGCCUGGCUUUGGAGAAGCCAGCUUUCGGAGUCUGCAGCCUCGCCCAGCGAACCUGCUGGGGAAAUACGUCUUCUGUCAAACGUGAGCAAGAAACUCUUGCAGGACUGGUGAAAACACGAGGGGCUGGAGGCCUGUCAGAGUUUUUGACUCAGUAGAUCUCAACGGGGCUGAGAAUUUGCCUUGUGACACAGGAUGAUGCUGAUGCUGUUGGCCUACAGGCCGCAUUUUGAGAACCACCGUCUCUACCUGCACUGUCCGAUAAUAUGAGCCACAGAGGUCAAUUUAAACUUCCCAGUAGCCAUAUUGAAGAAGCAAAAUGAAAUAGGUGAAAUUAAUUUUAAUCAUAUAUUUUCUUUAACCCAGCAUAUUCUAAAAUUACCAUUUUGACAGUUAAUCCACAUAAAAAUGUUAAUGCGAUUUUAAAAACUUUUUUUAUAUGCAA